UACAGCCUAAAUUGGCACAUCACCAUAAUGGCUCGAACUCUCCAGAUCAUUAUUUACAGGACCCACCUGGUUGUGACGUGAUAGACAUGUCAUCGGAGGUGACUUGGGUAAAUUAGAACCAUUUGAAUUUAUUUUAAUACCGCUUUCUUUCACUUCAGACUCUCCACGUAACCCCGAUAAAAUCUUCUGCACGGCGGUUAUAACUUUUCCCAGAUCCUUCCUUCAAAUCUUCUGCACGGCGGUUCGAUUCGGAGAUCGCUGUUGUUUACCAAUGGCCGGAAAACUCAUGCACGCUCUUCACUACGAGUCUUACGGCGGUGGCGCCGCCGCUUUGAAGAAUGUCCAAGUUCCAGUUCCAUCGCCAAAGAGAAACGAGGUUUUACUAAAAUUAGAAGCUACUAGUCUUAAUCCUAUUGAUUGGAAAAUCCAGAAAGGAAUGAUCCGGCCUUUUUUUCCUCGCAAGUUCCCCUGCAUUCCCGCUACUGAUGUUGCUGGAGAGAUCAUUGAGGUUGGAUCAGGAGUCAAGAAUUUCAAGGCUGGUGACAAAGUUGUAUCGGUUCUAAGCCAUCUAUCUGGAGGUGGACUUGCUGAGUUCGCCGUAGCAAGCGAGAAGCUAACAGUGAAAAGGCCUCAAGAAGUAGGACCAGCUGAAGCAGCCGCUUUACCUGUGGCGGGUUUAACCGCUCUCCAGGCGCUAAUUAAUCCCGCGGGGUUGAAGCUUGAUGGUACUGGCAAGCGGGCGAACAUCCUGGUCACAGCAGCAUCUGGUGGUGUUGGGCACUACGCUGUCCAGCUUGCAAAGCUUGGGAAUGCUCAUGUAACCGCCACGUGCGGGGCUCGGAACAUAGACUUUGUAAAAUCUUUAGGAGCGGAUGAGGUUCUUGAUUACAAGACUCCCGAAGGAGCCGCCCUCAAGAGUCCGUCCGGUAAGAAAUACGACGCUGUGGUACAUUGCGCAAAUGGGAUACCGUUUUCGACAUUCGAACCGAAUUUGGCAGAAAACGGGAAGGUGAUAGACAUCACGCCGGGGCCGAGCGCGAUGUGGACUUACGCGGUUAAGAAAAUAACCAUGUCAAAGAAGCAAUUGAUUCCGUUUUUGUUUAUCCCGAAAGCUGAUAAUUUGGAGUUUUUGGUGAAUCUGGUGAAAGAAGGGAAAGUGAAGACUGUGAUUGACUCGAAGCAUCCUCUGAGCAAGGCAGAGGAUGCUUGGGCCAAAAGUAUCGAUGGUCAUGCUACUGGGAAGAUCAUUGUUGAGCCAUGGUAGCAGUUUGCUUUGUUGACUGACUUCUACGUUCUAGAAGCUUAUAGUUCGAUUCUCGUUUACAACAUUGCUUUCUCUUGUUUUGUUUUACUAUGUAAUACACAACUAUGUCAAAGAGUUUUAAAAUAAUAACAAACAGAUUGAAUGGAAGCGAGAGUUCUUCUUCUCCAUGUUGGUAUAUAA